UCUGGUAUUGCUGGUAGAUUUCCUGACUCAGAUAACGUGAAUCAAUUACGAGAAAAUUUAUUUAAUAAAAUUGAUCUUGUUAAAGUUGAUCAUGACCGAUGGAAAACAGAGCAUUAUCCAGAAUUAUCAAGUAGAAUAGGAACAGUUAACAAUGUGGAAAAAUUUGAUGCGGAUUUUUUUGGAUUAUCUUUUAAGCAAGCAGACACAUUCUCGCCCGAAGUGAGAAUAUUAUUGGAACAUUCUUAUGAAGCAAUUAUUGAUGCGGGAAUCAAUCCGAAGCAAUUGCGAGGAAAAAAUACCGCUGUAAUCGUAGCGUCAUCUAUAAUUGAAUCGCAAAAAAAGUUUUUAUAU